AUGUCCGCCCCCACGCGAAGAACAACGGAGAGACCAUGGCACCAGCACCUAACGAUUGAUCUUCUAGCCUACGUCCUCAAUAGAAGCAUCUUCCACCCUUUCAUCGCAUGGCUGAUCCCGCUCUCCCUCCGCGCGAAAGUCACUCCUUACGAUGCGCCGUCCAUGAUACUCGCCAUUGCUUGGGCCGUGCUCAUCACCGUCUAUACCAUUCUCUCGUACAUCGACCGGCGCAUAGCAUACGGCCUGCCUCGUGAUGUAGACCUAGAGGAAGAAGUCAUCGUAAUCACGGGAGGAGCCAGCGGCCUGGGGGCGCUCAUUGCUGAGGUCUACGGGCUGCGCGGCGCCAGCGUGGCCGUGCUGGAUGUCAAGGAGCCCGAAGGCGAGGUCAAUGGCGUAGAGUUCUACAAAUGCGAUGUCGGGGACCGCGCGCAGGUUGAGAGGGCGGCGAGACAGAUAGAGCGAGAUCUCGGUACCCCCACAAUCCUGAUCAACAACGCCGGCAUAAUGCACGGCAAACCCCUCCUCCAGCUCACCCCCACCGAAAUCUCGCAGACCAUGCACGUAAACCUCCUCUCCCACUUCCACACCCUCCAAACCUUCCUCCCCGGCAUGCUGUCUGAGGGCCGGGGCACAAUCGUCACCGUCUCCUCCGUCCUCGCCCACAUCGGCGCAGCCAACCUGUCCGACUACACCGCCUCCAAAGCUGCUUUGCUAGCCCUUCACGCCUCGCUCGCUGCCGAGCUGGCACAGCAUCCGGACCCCGCGGCGAGGGAUAUCAAGAUGAUUUUGGUGGCGCCGGGGCAGCUGGGAACGAGCAUGUUUGAGAAGGUGAGGACGCCGUCGGCAUUCUUGGCUCCAGUGGUUGAGCCGAAUGAGUUGGCAAAGGAGAUUAUUAGGAUGGUGGAUGCGGGCGAGAGUGGGGAGAUCUCGAUGCCGCUGUAUGCAAGGUGGAUCUGGCUGUGGGGACGUUUACCUGUUGGGGUGAGGAAGUUGGUUAGAACGGCUGGGGGGAUUGAUACGGCUAUGGCGCCGUUGAGUAAGGAGGGGAAGAAAGAGCGGUGA